CUUUGUUACGUCAGGGUUCACUUUUAUGACCUUUCACUUCAUAUUUCUCUCUUUGAAUUAUUUGAAUUAUUUUGAUGUACUGAAAAGGACAUCAAACAUUGAGGACAUUUUCUCUUUUUUUUUUUUUCUUCCAUUUUGGAUAUGAUUAAAGAGGAGGUGGAAAGUGAAGAAUUGAGUGAAGUGGAGGAGAAACAUCAUGUCAAACCUGGAGAAAAACCUUCGAGUCGCUCAAAGACAUUUUUAAAGAAAAGAAGAGCCAGGAAAUCUGCAACCUGCGCUCAGUUUGGAAAGAGUUUCACAACCAAACAGAGUCUUGAGCAUCACAUGAGAGUUCAUACAGGAAAGAAGCCGUUUGCAUGUGAUCAAUGUGGGAAGAGUUUCAGUCAUUCAACACAACUUAAGAGGCACAUGAAAAUCCACACUGGAGAGAAGCCGUUUACAUGUGAUCAAUGUGAAAAGAGUUUCCUACGCAAAUGUAGUCUUGAGAUUCACAUGAGAGUUCACACUGGAGAGAAGCCGUUCACAUGUGAUCAGUGCGGCAAAACAUUUCUUGAUCUAUCAAACUUGAAGGCACACCUGACUGUUCAUACGAAGGAGAAGCCACACUCAUGUUCUGUGUGUGGAAAGAGUUUUUCACUGCUGUCAUAUUUACAUAAACAUGAGAAAAUUCAUACUGGUGUGAGAGAGUACAUGUGCUUUGAGUGUGAGAAAACUUUUAUUUCAGCAAACAGAUUAAAACGGCACCAGAGGAUCCACACCGGAGAAAAACCUUACAAGUGUUUACACUGUGACAAGAGAUUCAGCGAUUCAUCAUCUCUGAAAAGACACGAGAGGAUCCACACUGGAGAGAAGCCGCACACGUGUGAUCAGUGUGGAAAGAGUUUCAUUAUUAAAGGACACCUGAAGCGACACAUGAGGAUCCAUGCAGUGUAA